CCGGGAGCCAGCGGGGAAGAAAGAAGCCGAGAGGGCGGAAGGCGCCCUCCCCGCCGCCUGGGCCCGGGUACCGGGGUAUCGGGGCCGGGGAUCCUUCCUGCUUCCCCGAGACCCUCCAACCGCUUUGUUUUCCCCAGCUUCAGCAUUUCGGGCGACUCGAGAGUGGUCUCGUGCCCGGCUUGAGCCGGGAACGCGGCGGCAGGAAGCGCGACUGACCGCGCCUGGACUCGCUCGCGGGGGGGACCCAGGAGUCCGGCCGCCCGGAGGGCCGCGUGACGAGAUCGCGGAGGAAGCCGGAGCGCCGCGAGCCCCCGCCCGGGUGGAAGGUCGGGGGCGCCCGUGAACACUGACCUCCCCGUCGAGGGGGGGGGCGGGCGAUGUUCCCCUGGCCCGGGGGCUCUUCGGGCCACCGGGGCAUCCCGUCGUUGGGACCAGGGCCCCCGCAGUGGGCACCUCCUUAGGUUGCCUUCAUGGAGACUCUGUGCCCCGCUCCCCGCCUGGCAGUGCCGACGUCCCCGCGAGGGUCGCCCUGCUCACCCACGACCCGGAAGCCGCGUCGGGGGACCCAGGAGUUCUCUCCGCUGUGCCUGCGUGCCCUCGCCUUCUGCGCCCUUGCCAAACCCCGAGCGUCCGCGCUGGGCCCGGGGCCUGGGGAGCUGGCGCCGCGGGGCCCCGUGCUGCUGGGCCCGCGUGCUUCCCCGUGCACCGGCGGCUGGGCCCCGGAUGGUCUGAAGCACCUCGGGGGUCAGGCCGGACGGUCCAGCGAACCCAACUCGCCGGCUCGUGAAGAUGUGGACGUCUCCGUAUGCUGGGGCGGCCGAGAGGAGGAAGAGGGCGGAGGCGCUUCCCCGCACUUGGGCGCCGGCUCCCGCGCAUCUCUGGGUCGCUGCAUCCCCGAGACCCGGCAUCCUCGGGAAUCUCCGACCGACUUCGCUUCGUCUCCGCCGAGGCCAGCCCCGAGUCUGGAGCCCCAGCCUGAUGCAGACAGCAGCUCGCCUCGGGAGCCCAGUUCCCGGCUGCCGCCGCCGCCGCCACCUGCGGGCCUCUCCCCCGAGCCUGCGGCUCCGGAGCCAUGUCUGCCGGGCUCUGCGGCCGCAGCCGGUGGCAACCCGCCGCCGACCGCCCCCGAGGCUCCUGCGGUCAGCCCCUCGACGGCCAGCGCAGCUCCGGCCGCGCCCGACGACCUCCGCCAGGAACAUUUCAAUCGUCUGAUCCGCCGGUCGAAACUCUGGUGUUACGCGAAGGGCUUCGCCCUGGACACUCCGACUUUGCGCCGCGGACCGGAGCGGCCGCCAGCAAAAGCCCGAGCAACGGCCAAGAAACGCCGGCGGCCGGCGCCACCCCCGCGCAGCGUGCAGCCCCGCCGCCCGGUCCCGACGCUGCCCACCACGAGCACCUUCAGCCUCCUGGACUGCUUCCCCUGCCCGCCGGCCCUGGUGGUGGAGGAGGACGGGGACUUGGGACCGGCGUCCUCGCUUCGCCUCCAGGGAGACGCCAAGCCUCCGCCUGCCCACCCGCUGUGGAGGUGGAAGAUGGGGGGACCCGCCGUCCCUGAGCCUCCUGGCCUCAAGUCCUGGUGGGCCAACUUGGAAGAACCCUGAAUGUGCGACCUCGUCUGCCAAGGGAGAGAGUCGGGACCCCGGGCAUCUGAAGGCUCCAGAAGAGAGUCUUGUUUCUCACACUUGUUUGCUUCCUUUCCGUUCUUAAGGGCUUCAGGCCAAGGGACGUCAGAUGACAGCGCUCUUCAAGCACCUACGGUCGCGGGGUGAUGUUCCCUCCAAUUCAUCUUGCAGAGGAACCAAGGGGCUGGAGUUGGAAGAAGGCUUGCCCGGCUAGUAGGGCUGAAGGACAAGGAUUUUUGGUUCCUCCAUCUCAGCUCUCUGGGGUUGAGCACUCACCCCAGGGGAGCAAGGCAGCCUCUUCUGAAAGACCAAAAAAAGGACCGGGGGACCUUGGUGAUGGACAAACCGGUUGUUUCCGUGUCUGUGGGCCAGCUUGGGGGUAUGGGGACUGUGAUGGGGUGGGAAGGUGAUUGGCAGCUCCCUGGGGGCAUCCCCCACCCCCACUGCCCAAGCCUUUUAACCCAUUCACUCCCCUUCUGGCAAUUCUAGAGCCAUUACGAGAGAAUGGAGCCAGAUCCCUUCCCCUCCUGUUGCCUUCCCACACCCCUCACCCGAGUUCAGAAGACCCCCUGAUUGGUGAGAGCUUGAGUCUCAGCCAUCAAACUUUCCUUUUGGUAAAGCUUUGGAGUUUCCCUUUUAAUUUUCCAUUUGCCCCGAGGUUUAAUGGGUGAACGAGAACCCCCCUCCCACCUCAGUUUCCUCCUCAUAUUCAGAGGAGCAGGGCUGCGGGACCUUUUGAGCUUCCUAGCCCUGCUCUUUGUUAGGUAAAGGCACCAGAGACUCCCAGAAAAAAUAAUGGAAGGUGGAUGAAGUCAGUGAGGCCAAAGAGAUGCCCUUCAAGGUCCCCUCCACGGUUUUAUGGAUAGGAGAGGAAGGCUUAUAGAGGGCCAGCCAUGUCCAUUCUUUGAUCACCCCAAACUCAGCCCCCUUAAAAGGUGGCACGCUUCCAAGGACCAAGCUAAAGGGCUCUUAGCCUCAAAGGUCUUCUGGGUUCUGUGAGGGAUCUGGCCCGGACUACCUUCAGCUUGCUCUGGCCUCUGGCAUUUGGAGAGUUGUCAGGGAUCUGAUGGAUCCGAAGGGGGCAGGGCCAGAGGAUUAGAUCUGGGGUCAGAGGUUCUGUUUUGCAGGCCUGGAGGGAGGUAGGCCCGGACCACGCCCCAGCCAGUAGGGCUCCUUGUGUCAGGGGUGUGAAGACUUCUCCACCUCUGGAGAGGUGAAGUCUAGGGCUGGGUGAAGAGUGCGGUGUGGCUGGGCUCAGAGGCACCAAGCAAGGCUAGGCACCCGGUGGCCCACCGGUCUGUGCCUGUAUGGCGCGAGUGAAUGAGCAUACUCUUGCCCCCCCCAAAAAAAAAUCGGGGUGAGGGAGAGAAACAAUUCCCACAUGUGACACUGGGGAAGGACUUGUCUCCUUUUCUGUGAAAAUGCUUUGUAAAAAGUUGUUAUUGUUUGCAUAGAGCAGAUUCUUUAAAAAAAAAUUCU